AUGAUACGAUCAAGAUUAUUGAAAAGGAACUUACCAAAAAGGAUUGGUAGGGUUAAUGGUGGUAGGCCGUACAUGGUUUUGGCACUUGAGUCAUCUUGCGAUGAUGCAUGUGUCGCUCUUCUUGAUAAAUAUUCGAAAGAUCAACCACCAAAGGUUAUAGACCAAUUCAAGGAGACAUUGAACUCUUCAGGGACCGGUGGAAUUAUUCCCACAGAUGCACACGAAUUUCACCAGUUUACGGUUGCAAAUUUGGUCUCUAGAUUCUGUAAGAAACACAAUCUUAAUUCUUCUUCACCGCCAGAUUUAAUAUGCUGCACACGAGGCCCUGGUAUGGUAGGCUCGUUAAGUGCUAGUUUACAAUUUGCCAAAGGACUCGCCAUGAGUUGGAAUAAACCCUUGAUCGGAGUACAUCAUAUGUUAGGCCACAUUUUGAUAGCAAAUUUACCUAAGAACCAACAACCUGAAAUGGGAGCUCCCAAAUACCCGUUUUUAAGUUUACUUUGUAGUGGUGGCCAUACAAUGCUUGUAUUUCUGAAAUCUCUUACGGAACAUGAGAUAAUUAUUAAUACAGUAGAUAUUGCAGCUGGAGAUUCUAUUGACAAGUGUGCCAGGGAAUUGGGUUUGGUUGGAAACAUGUUGGGAAAAGAAUUAGAAAAGUAUGUUAAUUCUAUUCCCGAAGCUUUGAAAGAAAGAUUUGAAAACAUAAAUACAAAUUCAAGAGAUAAUGAAUUUAGUUUUCAGCUUUCGCUUCCUCUAAGAAGCCCUAAACACCUGAAGAUACCUGAAAAUUUAGAAUUUUCCUUUGCAUCAUUUUUAAGUACAAUCCAAGGUUAUAGGACGAAAUAUUUCAAAAGUAAGGACUUUGAUGAAGUGACUAAUAUGUUUAUUGCAUUCAAGCUUCAGGAAUUGGUUUUUGAUCACAUAAUUAACAGAAUAAAUAUCGCAUUUAUUAAGCAUGGUAUUGAUAAAGAGAGCUACGCAAAAGCAGACGGAAAAUUCAAGGGAGUUGAAGAUUUUAUAUGCUCUGGAGGAGUAGCAGCGAAUGAAAAAUUAAGAAAUAAGCUUUAUAAUAAUUUGAAUUACAGUAAUUUGACCAACACUUCAGAUCAUGUUCUUAAUUUUCAUUUCCCUGAUUUGGCAUUAUGUACCGACAAUGCUAUUAUGAUAGGAGUUGCAGGUAUUGAGAUCUUUGAAAAAUUGAAAGUUAAAUCGGAUUUGAGUAUUUUACCAAUAAGAAAGUGGCCAAUGAAUGAAUUAUUGAAAGUAGAUGGGUGGGUUGAGUUGAAUGGCGAAGAAGUUGAAACAAUACGUAAUUUGGAUCUAUAA